CCCUGAAGGAGGUCACAGCUCCAGGAGGACGGAGGAGGACGCGGGAGUUUGCGGCGGCAGCAGCCAGGCAAAGAAAAUGCUUGCCAAUUCAGCCAGUGUGAGAAUUCUCAUCAAGGGAGGCAAGGUGGUAAAUGACGACUGCACUAUUGAGGCUGACGUUUAUAUCGAAAAUGGCAUCAUUCAGCAAGUGGGAAGAGAACUCAUGAUCCCAGGAGGAGCCAAAGUGAUUGAUGCAACUGGAAAGUUGGUGAUCCCUGGGGGCAUAGAUACCAGCACUCAUUUCCACCAGACCUUCAUGAACGCCACCUGUGUGGAUGAUUUUUAUCAUGGAACAAAGGCUGCACUGGUAGGAGGAACAACUAUGAUCAUAGGCCAUGUUCUACCUGACAAAGAAACAUCCCUCCUGGAUGCCUAUGAGAAGUGCAGGAACUUGGCUGAUCCCAAAGUGUGCUGUGACUACUCACUUCACAUGGGAAUCACCUGGUGGUCUCCAAAGGUGAAAGCAGAAAUGGAGACUUUGGUGAGAGAGAAAGGUGUCAACUCAUUCCAGAUGUUUAUGACCUACAAAGACUUAUAUAUGCUUCGAGAUAGUGAAUUAUAUCAAGUGUUCUGUGCUUGCAAGGAUAUUGGUGCGAUAGCCCGAGUCCAUGCUGAAAAUGGAGAGCUUGUGGCCGAGGGUGCCAGAGAGGCAUUAGAUUUGGGCAUUACAGGUCCUGAAGGAAUAGAGAUCAGUCGUCCAGAGGAGUUGGAAGCUGAAGCGACCCACCGUGUAAUCACAAUUGCUAACAGGACUCAUUGUCCAGUUUACCUGGUCAACGUUUCCAGUAUCUCUGCCGGAGAUGUCAUUGCUGCUGCUAAGAUGCAAGGUAAAGUUGUCUAUGCAGAGACCACCACUGCACAUGCCACAUUGACAGGCUUACACUAUUACCACCAGGACUGGUCCCAUGCAGCUGCUUAUGUCACAGUGCCCCCUCUGAGGCUGGACACCAAUACUUCCACCUACCUCAUGAGUCUGCUAGCCAAUGACACUCUGAACAUUGUAGCUUCUGACCAUCGGCCCUUCACCACAAAACAGAAGGCAAUGGGCAAGGAGGAUUUCACUAAAAUCCCUCAUGGAGUGAGUGGUGUACAAGACCGGAUGAGUAUCAUCUGGGAGAGAGGCGUGGUAGGAGGAAAGAUGGACGAAAAUCGUUUUGUGGCUGUGACUAGUUCAAAUGCAGCCAAGCUUCACAACCUGUAUCCCCGAAAGGGUCGCAUCAUCCCUGGAGCUGACGCUGAUGUGGUUGUGUGGGACCCAGAGGCUACAAAGACCAUUUCAGCUAGCACUCAGGUGCAAGGAGGAGACAUAAAUUUAUAUGAAAAUAUGCGCUGCCACGGGGUACCUUUGGUCACUAUCAGUCGAGGACGAGUCGUGUAUGAGAAUGGAGUCUUCAUGUGUGCUGAGGGCACUGGCAAGUUCUGCCCGCUUCGAUCCUUCCCAGAUACUGUGUACAAGAAGCUGGUCCAGAGAGAGAAGAGCUUAAAGGUUAAGGGAGUGGACCGCACUCCCUACCUGGGGGAUGUAGCUGUGGUUGUGCAUGCUGGGAAAAAAGAGAUGGGAACUCCACUUGCAGACACUCCCACCCGGCCAGUCACCCGACAUGGGGGCAUGAGGGACCUUCACGAGUCCAGCUUCAGCCUAUCUGGUUCUCAAAUCGAUGACCAUGUUCCAAAGCGAGCCUCGGCUCGGAUUCUCGCUCCCCCCGGAGGCAGGUCGAGCGGCAUUUGGUAAAGACGCUGACCAGCCUCCCAUCUAAGGAUGCAGCAGCAGCUAGCCAGCCCACCUUCUGGCCACCACUGCGGGUUGCACGGGGAGGCUGGGCCAGACAGUCCAACACCCUAGACGGCGGGAGGGGGGAGGGGAAGGGCACACAGGACACUUGGGAGCACUUCACAUGUCUGAAACGUCAUUCACUAUGCUUUGAGCCAAUCCUAACAAGCACUUUGGGACGAUG